CAGAGCAAGGAAAAGAUGCAGUUCAAGAUGGGGAGCGUCCUGCUGUCUCUUCUUUUCUGGUACAAAGCUGUGAUGGCCCUCUCCCCAGGAGAGGAUGAGAGACUGGAGCUGUGGCACAGCAAGGCUUGUAAAUGCGAUUGCCAAGGAGGCCCUAACUCAGUGUGGUCCAGCGAGAAUAACGGCUUAGAGUGCAUGCCAGAGUGUCCCUACCACAAGCCCCUGGGCUUUGAGUCUGGUUCUGUCACCCCGGACCAGAUCAGCUGCUCCAACCCUGAGCAGUACACGGGCUGGUACUCCUCCUGGACAGCCAACAAGGCCCGUCUCAACGGCCAAGGCUUCGGGUGUGCGUGGCUCUCCAAAUACCAGGACACUGCACAGUGGCUGCAGAUCGACCUGAAGGAGGUGAAGGUGAUUUCGGGGAUCCUCACACAAGGGCGCUGCGACGCUGACGAGUGGAUGACCAAGUACAGCGUACAGUACCGCACCGACGAGAACCUCAACUGGGUGUACUACAAGGACCAGACCGGGAACAACCGGGUUUUCUACGGCAACUCGGACCGCUCGUCCUCGGUGCAGAACCUGCUGCGGCCGCCCAUCGUGGCCCGCUACAUCCGCCUGAUCCCGCUGGGCUGGCACGUGCGCAUCGCCAUCCGCAUGGAGCUCCUCGAGUGCCUGGGCAAGUGCGGCUGA